AUGUCGUAUGUAGUUUGCCCUUUUGUGGAGCCAUUGUUUGCUAGUGAUCUGGUAUCACCUAUUUUCUGGAGGCGUCGUUUGCUGGUGGAUAAAAUUUGUCUCUCUAUUAGUAUUAUUGUUAAACAGUAUCAUGCUACAUGUUAUUGUAUCCUAGAUCGUGGAUUCAUCUCUUGA